AGAAGAAGAAGCUUUGUUUAUUUUAUAAAUAAUAAACAUAGUUUAUCUCCAAUAUUAAUUUUGGGAUAUUCCAAGUUUAGGGCAAACAUUCAAAUUUUUUUACAACUUGUCCUUGGAGGCUAGACAAUUAUGAAAGUGGUGUGAAAAUUCCAGGGACACCAUUCGCAUUUAGGGCCAAAAAUCUCUAAUCCACAAAGAACCAAUGAAGCAAGGCCAGCUCACCAACCACAAUCUUCCUGCUAUCAUUUCCAUCCUCACAACAUAAUCUCCCUUGGCUACUCUAUAUCUCAACCACCACUAGUGGAAUAUAUGAUCUUUAUCCACCAUUGCACAAUCUCAACAUCUCCAGAUUUCUCAUAAUCCAAGCCUCUCUUCAACUCACAAGGCAGGCGCACUUCCACCGAUGGCAACCUCUAGCCUGCUCUUCACGCCCACUAUCCAAAAGAACCACCACAACCUCACCCCAUCCAACCUCUCAUUCCAAGGCCUUAGACCCCUCACCAGGGCCAAAACCACCUCCCUCUCCAAGAUCAGCACCGCUGCACCAAAAAGGAGCUUAGCUGUGAAAGCAGAGCUUAACCCAUCACUGGUCAUAAGCUUGAGCACAGGGGUAUCACUCUUUUUGGGAAGGUUUGUGUUCUUUAACUUCCAAAGGGAGAACGUGGCAAAACAAGUGCCUGAGCAGAAUGGUUUGACUCACUUUGAGGCAGGAGAUAAGCGUGCCAAGGAAUAUGUAAGCCUCCUGAAAUCAAAUGAUCCAGUUGGUUUCAACAUUGUUGAUGUUCUUGCUUGGGGAUCCAUUGGCCAUAUUGUUGCCUACUACAUCUUAGCCACAGCCAGCAAUGGCUAUGACUGGGAUCCCAGCUUCCCAUGUUGCUUUUAGAUUUAUUGUUCUGCCUUCAAUUGAUUGUGCUUCACUUGUGUAAACCUUGUAUAGUGGUUCAUUAGAGAGGCUUUUUUUUUUUGUGGGAAAUUUAAGGUUCGGAUGAUCAUCUUAAAUAUGUGUAAUCUUUCCCUUUCCUUGCCUUGUGAUGUUCAAUUGAAGCUCCAAAAUAAUUUUUUUAAAAAAAAUUAUGGCCGAGGGUUUCGCACGGUAUCACAACAAUAAUUAAAAAGAUUAGGAAAAACAAUAUAUUUAGUUUCUUGUUCAA